GAAAGCAGCUCAGUAAGCGGGGAGUUUUUCUUGCAGUGCAGCGGCAGAUUCCUCCUGUGGCCAGUUUGCCGCUGAGAACUAGCUGGUCAUGGCCGGGGAGGCGACGUGCCCCUUCCCGCUGCUGGUGGAGGGGGACUGGGGGGGCUCGGGGCUCCCCAAGAACCUGAAGAAGAAACUCCUCUGCUACUUCCAGAGCGGGAAGAAAUCCGGAGGGGGGGAGUGCGAGAUCCAGGAGCGGCCCGGCCAGGUCCUGGUUUGCUUCGCCCAGGAGGACGUGAGACAACGAGUUCUUAACAAAAAGACCCAUGAGCUUGACAGGGCAGCAGAAGGAAAAUUAAAGCUGGUUGUCAUGCAGCUUGAAACAACAGGUGCAACCAAAAAAGACGUGUCCAGGGAAGUGCCAAGAACUAAAGAGGAGUCCAAGACACCAAGCAAACCCCAAGAACCAGGGAAUUUGGGAAAAGAGAUGACAUCCUCUGAGCAAUCCACUGUAGUAAUCAUCACUGCCCCAGGGGGGGAAAUUGAUGAUGACCUUGUGAGCAUGUACUUUGAAAAUAAAAUGUGGUCAGGUGGGGGACCCAUCAAAUCCUGCGUCAGAAAUAAUCAACAAAUAAUCAUCACUUUUGAAAAUGCUGAAGAUGUCCAAGAAGUCUUAAAGAAAAAGGAUCAUGUAGUAAGGAAAAUUGCACUCCAUGUGAAACCAUGGCAAGUGGAGACUGUCCAAGAACUCCCACAAAUGACUUCAUCCCUAAUUGUGCUUGAAAAUAUAGGAGAGACUACAAAACAAUGCAUGUUAACUAUGCUGGUGGAGAACAUCAGUGGCUUAUCAGAAGAUGACAGUGACUUCAAUAUGGAAAUGAUACCUGAAAUAAAUGUGGCUGUAGUUACAUUUAUCAAAGAUAUUGAUAUAAGGGAAUUUGUUGAAAAGUUCAACCAAAACCAUAGAGCAAAGCAACAAAAUAUAACAGCACGGCAUCUUGAGGUGACAAAAAGCAUUAAGGCUGAAAAUGUACCACCUAACGUAUCUAUUGACUAUAUAACCGUCUACUUUGAAAGUAAAAGAAAUGGAAGUGCACAAGUGUCAGAUGUUCAACAGUUACCGGAAGAGAAUGCAGCUAUCAUUACUUUUCAUGAUCAGAAAGAUGUAACUACUGUCUUGGCAAAGCAGCAUUCACUCGACAAAGUACCAAUUUCUGUGUAUCCAUACUACAGCUCAUUGGGUACAGCGCUAUAUGGAAAGGAGAGGCCACAAAUAAAGAUGCCAGAACCAAUUACAAUGUCCCUGGAUCCUUACAUCUUGCAGUUUUUACACACUGAUAAUAGGCUAAUCCAGGGAAUAAAUCAUGAAAUGGCAGAUUGCAAAUGUGAACUAAAGUGGCCUCAACCCAACUGUGCAAAUCCAGAAAUAACAUUGUGUCCCUUCAAUGCCUUAUCUAAACAGAGAUCAAUGAUCAGGUUGAUCAAGACCUGGAAUGAAGAUGUUUCUAAAAAAUUCUCAUGUAGCAUGUCAAAGUACAAGGCCAUUAAAUGUGAAAUAAAUUCAGUGGUGUGGGAAGCCAUAAGAAACAGCUUGGUAAAGGAUGGUGUUGUGGUCAUACCUGACAUUCCCAAGAACAUAGUUGUCUUAGUAGGUAACACAGAGAUUAUGAAGGGGGCAGAGCAAGAACUGAAGGAGCUAAUAGAAAAUGCUAGGAAAAAAAUUGAAAGAGAAAAGCAGAGCAUGGAACAAACUAUGUCAGUUGACCCAGGAAAGUAUGCAAUUUUACACCUUGCUGGGCUAGAGGAGAAUGUUUACAAGGAGUACCCAUCUCUGAAGAUACAUUACGAUGCAUCAUCAAAGAGUAUUAGUCUGUGUGGAGUGGCUGCAGAAGUAUUUAAAGUCAAAAGUGAAAUACUAGAAAAAGUGCACAGCAUGGCACAGAAAUCGAUCAAUGUCCAUCCUUACAUUAUCCAGUUCCUACAACACGUAGAUAAUGAAACUCUGUCACAGCGCUUAUUUAUGUCAAAUCAAAUUAAUGCCUUUUAUGAGCUUGGCACUGAUAACAUAAUGCUGAUAGCAGAUUCUCCUGGAGUUCUUCUAGAAGCAGAAGAAGAAAUGAAGAAGGUUUUGACUUACAAAUGCAUUGACUUGGAGGACAACUCAGUCCCCAAAAAGAGAGAAUGGAGGGAGCUCAUCAACCAUUUGUACAAGGCACAUAACUGUUCCAAGGAAACUAUAAUAAUUGUUGAGUUGGAGGAUCAAAUAGUCAUUGCUGGUUAUUUCAGAGCAGUAGCAGAAGCAUAUCAGCAACUUUCUGAUUUUGUAGAUAAACACACUCAGGUACAAAAAGUCAUCAUAGCUAAGUCUGUGGCAGUUGUAAUGUUUGUGGAGAAGGAAAAGUCCAAUAUUUGGCUUGAAUUAAAAAAGAAAGGCGUGAAAAUUGAAUUUGGCACACCGAAUAAACGUAAUGGUAUUUCCCUGAGUGGACCAAGAGGGGAAGUGUUCCAGGCGGUCACCAAAAUUGAACAAAUUCUGUCUCCGCUACAUUCGGAAAAUGUGGUAAUUGAUAAACCAGGGGCCAAGGUGUUUUUCAAAGAACAAGAAAACUUGUAUGUGACUGGUGUGAAACAACAAUUUAACUGUCUGAUCAGGCUGCAAGAAGGAGAAGAACAAAGAGAAGAUGGUGAAGUUAAUAAUGUGUAUACGAAGCAAGGCCAGCCCAUCUGUGAAAAGAUCCUGCAAGAUAGAGUUGUAGUAGCAGUUUAUAACGGAGACUUGUGCACUCAUCCAGCUGACGUUGUGGUGAAUGCAUCCAAUGAAGACUUAAAGCAUAUUGGUGGCCUUGCUGAGGCACUUUUAAAAGCUGCAGGGCCAGAACUACAAACAGAAUGUGACCGUAUUGUGCGGAAACGAGGCCCUUUGCAGCCCGGCCGUGCUGUUAUUACAGAUGCCGGGAACCUCCCAUGUAAACAGGUGAUUCAUGCUGUUGGGCCCAGGUGGAGUGAUCAUGAACCAGAAAAGUGUGUGCGCCUGUUAAAAAGAGCAGUUAAGGAAAGCCUUCACCUGGCUGAAACGUACAAUCAUCAUUCCAUAGCCAUCCCUGCUAUCAGCUCUGGGAUAUUUGGAUUCCCAUUAAAAUUGUGUGCACAGUCAAUUGUAUCAUCUAUCAAGGAAACCUUGGAAGAUUCUCCAGAGGAAAGCUGCUUGAUAGAGAUUCAUCUUGUGGACUCUUCAGAGAAAACAGUUCAGGCUUUCACUGAUGCCUUCAAAGAUGUGUUUAGAGAUAAAUCAACCCAACACAAUUCGUCACCUCCGUCUGAAGCAGCCUUCAAGCCCAGAAAAAGUAGAAAUGCUCAGAGCAGAAAGGGUCUCCAGACAGUAACAACAGAUGAAGGAUUAAGCAUCAUACUGGAGAAAGGCAGCAUUGAAGAUGCUACAACGGACGUCAUCGUAAACAGCGUUGCCCAAGAUCUACAGCUUGAUAAAGGUCCACUCUCUAAGGCCUUGCUGAGCAAGGCGGGUCCGAUGCUCCAAGCACAAUUAUCUGAAGAAGGCCUAGAAAAAGUAGCUAGUGAAGGGUCUGUGUUCAAAACAGAUGGAUGUAAUCUGGGCUGCCAUUUUGUGCUUCAUGCCAUUGUUCCUGGAUGGAAAAGUGGGCAAGAAUCUGUACAGAAGCUGCUAAAAGACAUCAUCACGGAAUGUCUUCAGACUGCUGAGCAACUGUCUUUAAAGUCAAUCACAUUCCCAGCAAUUGGAACAGGGAAUUUAGGGUUUCCUAAGCCUGUUGUUGCUAAAUUAAUGUUUAACCAGGUGUUCAAAUUCAGUCGUAAAAAAAAAAUUCAGUCUCUUGAGGAAGUUCACUUUCUGUUGCAUCCAAAUGAUACAGAUAAUAUUCAGGCAUUUUCAGAUGAACUGCAAAAUAGAGCAAGUGGAAAUAUUACCAAUAUCAAAAUGCACAAGACUGUGCCAGAGAAUGCCCAGCAAAGACAAGUUUUCUUUGGGCCCAUUACAACCCCAGUACAGGGAGUGCAUGAAAUGCAGAUUGGUUCCAUUACAUUCCAGAUAGCAAGCGGAGACAUUACCACUGAAAAGACAGAUGUCAUUGUAAACAUAUCAAAUCAAAUGUUUAACCUCAAAGCAGGUGUCUCUAAGGCAAUUCUGGAAGGUGCUGGAUCACAGGUUGAAGCAGAAUGUGCUCAGCUAGCCUCACAACCUCACAAUAACUUUAUAACCACACAAGCAGGAAACCUGAUGUGCAAAAAAAUAAUUCAUCUUGUUGCCCAGAACAAUACUAAAUCUUUAGUCUCCAAAGUGCUCCAGGAGUGUGAACUGAAGAAGUACACGUCGGUUGCCUUCCCAGCUAUUGGAACAGGUCAGGCAGGCCUUGAUCCAGCGGUAGUAGCUAAUAACAUGAUGGAUGCUGUAGUUGAUUUUGCAAGUGAUAAAUCUGUUCAAAUUGUGAAAAACAUUAAAAUUAUCAUCUUCCAGCCACAACUACUAAGUGUGUUCCUUGCAUGCAUGCAGAAAAGAGAAGGUACUGCUAAUGUACCUGAUACACCUGCAUCAGAGUCCUUCUUGUCAAAAUGUGCUUCAUUCUUCGGCUUUGGAAAACAGAAACAGUAUUCUUCAGCUACAGAAAAAAAGCCUGCAAUGGUUUUGCAAAAGAAAAUUGAGAGAACUGUUUUUCAGAUUUGUGGUGAAAGCCAAAAAAAUGUGGAAGAUGCUGUAUCCUGGAUUAAAAACUUGAUUUUAAAGGAACAGCAUGAAAGCACUAUCUCAGAUGAAUGGAUUUUAAGCUUUGAUGACCAGGAAUAUAAGGAACUAGCAGACCUCCAGAAGAAACUGUACAUCAUUAUUCAGCUGGAAUGCAAGGAUCCUGUGCCCUUUAUUCGAGUAUCUGGUGUUACCAAAGACGUCCUACGUGCUUGCUUGAAAAUUCAACACAUGAUCAAAAGAGUUAGAGCGGUUCAAGAAGAACAGUCUAAGGCAGAACUUCUCAGCAACCUAGUUGAGUGGCAAUAUCUAGAAAAGGAUCGGUACCUGCCUUUUGACAGGCUAACAAAUCUGCGCUUAGAGGAUGCUGCAGCAUUAAAUCAAAAAGAGAUUAACAUCACCAUUUGGAAUAAAAACUAUAAAGUGGAUCUGGAAGCCAGACGUGCCAUAGAUGACAGAGGGAAAAGUAUGGUCAUUCUAAGAGUCUCAAAAGAUGAAGGUAAACAGUUAGUAACUCUCCCUGAAGAGUGGUGUGAUAUGAAACAAGAACGUGUCAAAGUGGUGGAGCUACAUCCAGAAAUGAAAGAAUAUCAGGAUGUUCAGAUGAAGUUUCAACAGACGUGUUCAGCAUUCAAAAUUGAUAAGAUUGAAAGGAUACAAAAUCCAUUCUACUGGCAGACCUACCAAAUAAAAAAGCAGGAGAUGGAUUCCAAAAAUGGCAAUACAAAUAAUGAGAGGCGUCUAUUUCAUGGAACAAUGAGUGGCUCAUUAACCAUUAUUAAUAAUAAAGGAUUUAAUCGCAGUUAUGCUGGAAUGAAUGCUGCAUGCUAUGGGAAUGGAACCUACUUUGCAGUCAGUGCCAGUUAUUCUGCCCAGGAUACCUACUCAAAACCAGAUGCAAAUGGGAAAAAAUACAUGUACCUGGCCCGAGUCCUCGUUGGAGAAUAUUGUGCUGGACAAAAAGGAAUAAUUGCACCACCGUCAAAAAGCAACACUGAUCCUACAGAUCUGUUUGAUAGUGUGACUGACAAUAAGACAAAUCCAUCCAUGUUUGUCAUAUUUAAUGACAUUCAAGCUUACCCGGAAUAUCUUAUUACUUUCACUAAAUAAGCAUUCUUGGUUACAUGCAAGAGACUUUUAAUCUUUAUUUUGUCAGGUUACCUCAAAGACCAUAAAUUAGUGAGAAAAUAUUUGUGAUGAAGGAUGGUAAAACAUACUUCACUAUGUUAGCUUUUUAAAGUUUGAUUGCUAUGCAUAUGCCCAGUUGCUUAAAUACAGUUUUGUAAUAGUCAAAAAACAAGACAGCCUACUUUAAAAAAAAUAUUUGCAACUACUAGAACAGGGGUGGGCAAACUACGGCCCAGGGACCACAUCUGGCGCUUCA